AUGGUGGACCAAAAAGUUAAACUAGGCAGGCCCCAUGCCCCGAAGGAUGGGAAACAGUUCCUAUCCCCACACCACAUCCAAAACCAUGACCAUCACCUACAGCACCAGAAAAACAACACCAUCUACGAUAAACACACCAUCGCACCAAGAUGGGAGGACCGACAGAUGGCUGGAAUCCCCCUACACCACACCCACCAUACUCCAACACCGGAGUGGAAGACACCGGUGCAGAAGUGGUGGUGUUGUCGCGCCUCUUCACACCCACACAGCAUCAACUCGCCCUACUCUGCAGAGGCCUCACAUUAAUCCCCACACUGGACACUGGUAAGGAGGCUCGGGCCCGCCUCCGCUCAGAAAUCCCCAACUACCACUGACAAAAAAAAAAAAAGGUUUAUUUUAACCCUACCCAAUAUAAAACCUAACCCUAACCCUAACCCUAACCCUAACCCUAACCCUAACCCUAACCCCUAACGCCUACCCCUAACCCCUAACCCUAACCCUAACCCUAACCCUAACCCUGAACCCUUAACCCUGAACCCUGAACCCUUAACCCUUAACCCUUAACCCUUAACCCUUGACCCUAACCCUAAUCAUCAAGUACUCUUUGACAGACCAGCUUGGGGUGGAUGCAUGACAAACGACUGGGGUACACAAUCCUUGAAGGGAGUUACCCUCUUUGGAUUUUGUCUGCUCAAAUGCCUAGGACCUAUUGACGGACGAACACAGUGCGGAUGCAUGGCAACCAAACGUCAGUCACGAUCCUGGAAGGGAGUGGCCUACUGGGGAAUUUUGCCUGCUCAACCACCAUGGAGUCAGCGACAGUAAGACGAAUGUCCUACUCUUCACCUAACCCUAACCCUUACCUUAACCUUAACCUUAACCUUAACCCUAACCUUAAUCUAACCCUAACCCCUACCUAACCCUAACCCUUACCUUAACCUAACCCUAACCUUAACCCUAACCCCUACCUAACCCUAACCUUUACUUUAACUUAACCCUAACCCCUACCUAACCCUUUUCCUUAACCCAAAGCUUACCCUACCUUAACUAAACCCCUACCUUUACCUUACCCUAACAUCCUUACCUACCCUUAUCUUUACUUUACCCUAAUCUCUAACUUAACUCUAGCCUCACCCCUACUUUGACCUGACUUCUACAAACAGUGGUACGAAUAAGGACACAUCUACUCAACCACUGCACCCCAUAACAACGAGAUCAAAUUGGGCAACGAAGGGUCAACAAUGGAAGUGACUGGAUCACUAGCCACUAUGUACACAAUUUCUCACUCUCUCUUCCUGGGCUGGUUGUGCCCGGACCCCUCUAUGCUCCUGCUCGGCAAGCGUAGUGCCCUACCCCCUGGUCUCCGUGCAGCAUCCGAUAGGUUCCGGAUCGACCCUGUGGAUUUCUCAACCUAACCCUAACCCUAACACUAUCACCUAACCCCUAACCCUGAACCCUAACCCUAAUCUUAACCUAACCAUAACCCCUAACUAACCAGAACCCUUAUCUUAACCUAAACCUAACCUCAACCUAACCCGAACCCUAAACCUUAUCCUAAUCUUAACCUAACCCUUAACUUAACCCUAACCUUAACCUAAGCCUUUAACUUAACCCUUACCUUAACCUUACCCUAACCUCAAACUAACCCCUAUGCCCACCCCUACCUUGACCUGACUUCUACAAAUAGAGGAACAAAUCCAGACACAUCAACUGAACCUCUUAAGGAUCAGACCCUGUUUUUCAAUUUUUGCCUAAAAUGACAUACCCAAAUCUAACUGCCUGUAGCUUAGGACCUGAAGCAAGGAUUUGCAUAUUCUUGAUACCAUUUGAAAGGAAACGCUUUGAAGUUUUUGGAAAUGUGAAAUUAAUGUAGUCGAAUAUAACACAUUAGAUCUGGUAAAAGAAAAUAGCAACAAAAAAACAUUUGUUUUCAAUUUUUUCGUUUUGCUCCAUGAUCUUUGAAAUGAAAGAGAAAGGCAACAAUAUAAUAUUGCAGUUUAGGCACAACUUAGAUUUUGGCCACUAGAUGGUAGCAUUGUGUGUGCAAAGUUUCAGAUUGAUCCAGUGAAGCAUUGCAAUACUGGACUAUUUUGUAUCAAAUUUGCCGAAUUGGUCAAUUGAGAAUAUAGAGAACAUACAAAAAUGAUAUGAUAAUACAAAAUGUAAAUUUACACACUCCCAGGAAUGUCAUACAUGAUGGAUCAUUAGCUUAUACACUAACUUUCACACAUCUAUAUGGCCGGGCGGGGUGGGUGUGGAGCUAGAGACAGCAAGGGUUCAAACUGUAGAACCAAGUUCCUACAAACAAAACGAUGCUAUAUUUUAUCUCUGGGACCCUUAGGAUGACAAAUCAGAGGAAGAUUACUGAAUGUAAGUACAUUGUUUACCUUCAGAGGUGAAUGUAUCAAACCAGUUGCGUGAUAAGUUUUUUGUUGCACUCUCCUCAAACAAUAGCAUGGUAUUUGUUCACUGUAAUAGCUACUGUAAAUUGGACAGUGCAGUUAGAUUAACAAGAAUUAAACUUUCUGCCCAGAUAAGACAUGUCUAUGUCCUGGAAAGUUUGCUGUUACUUACAACAGUCAUGCUAAUCACAUUAGCGCACGUUAGCUCAACCGUCCCGUAUACGGGACACCGAUCCUGUAAAGGUUAACCUCCCCACCCCAUAACCAACAUGAUCAAAAAAACAAAUGACGUAACACGUCUCUAUUUCCUGCUUAGAAUAUCAACAUUCUGGAAAGUAGGAUUUGUGUAAAUGCAACAAUGGAUAUGCUGGGGAUCGAACCCAAAACCUUACACAUUCAAAGCAUGCGCUCUACCACAGCCCUACUUCACCUUUCCCAUAUCAAUACAAUUAACUUUUUAUGUACACCGUUCCAAUGAAAGUACAAUUCCAUGAUAUCAGCUAUCUUCCAUAAGGGUACGGACAGGGAUUAAACCUAUGAACUUCUGUUUACGAAAUCAACACCUUACAAGUUGGCCACCAUGACACUUAUCUUCCAUAAAGGCACAAACAGAUGUAAUGCAUGUUCUUCAGGUUACAAUACCAAAUGACUUACCACAUCUCUAUUUCCUGCUAAAUAUCAACAUUCUUGAAAGUAACAGCUGUCUAAAUGCUACAAUGGAGAUACAACCAGAUACCUCAUACAUGCAAAGCAUGGGCUCUAACACUAUACACUAUUCCAAUGAAGGUACAACUCCAUGAUAUCAGCUAUCUUCCAUGAAGGUACCAAAAAGGUUUGAACCCUUGCGCUUCAGUUUAAAAAACGAAAUUACUUACCACAUCUCUAUUUCCUGCUCAGAAUAUCAACAUUCUGGAAAGAAGGAGCUCUGUAAAGGCAAAUUUAACAACCCAAAAAUAUACAAUGAAGGACUUGGCAAUUAAACCCACAACCUACUACAUGGAAAACAUUCGCUCUACCGCUGACCCAUAUCCACUGUCUAUUGUGGAAGAAACGCUAUAUCAAUACAAUACAUUUUUACACAAAUCAAAGUAUAAUUCCAUGAAAUCAUCUAUCUUUCAUAAAGGCACAGAUGUGGAUGGAACCCAUAAUCUUCAGUUUACUAAACAUAGGCCUUACCACUUGGCCACUAUUUUAUGCAUGGAAGCGCGACAUUCUCGAAAGUAGUAGUUCUGUAAACGUGAAUUUGACACAAAACUUAUUCCUGGAGGAGCUAGUGAUUGAACUGAGGACCUCACACUUGAAUAGCAUGUGCUCUACCUCUGAUCCACAACCCUUUUGGUUUGAAGAUAUAAUGCCAUAUCAACAUAAUGUACUUUUUAUAGUCACCACUCCAUUGAAAUUACAAUGCCAUGAUAUCAGCAAUCUUUAAUACAGGUAUGGACAGGGAUCGAACCCAUGAACUUCAGUUUGCAAAAGCAAGGCCUUAAAAGAUGCCCACCAUUCCACUUAUCUUCCGUAAAGGAACAAACAGGGAUUUAAUGCAUGUUCUCCAGGUUACAAGACCAAGUGACCUACCACAUCUCUAUUUCCUGCUAAAUAUCAACAUUCUGGAAAGUAGGAGUUGUGUAAACACAAAUUUAACAACCAAAAUAAUACUAUAGUGAUUGAACACACCACCUAAUACAUGCAAAGCAUUCGCUCUAACACUGAGAUACAUCCCCUGUCUAUUGUUUGAGAAAUGCCAUAUCAAUAUAAUGACUUUUUAUACCAACCUCUCCAACGACAGUAUAAUCAGCUAUCAGCUCGGACAGGGAUUGAACCCAUGAUCUUCUGUUUACAAAACCGACGCCUCACCAUGCCAUGCCACUUACCUUCCAUAAGGGCACGAACAGGGAUUUAAUGCAUGUUCUUCAGGUUAUAAAACCAAAUGACUUCCCAGAUCUCUAUUUCCUACCAAAUAUCAACAUUUUGGAAAGCAGGAGUUUUGUAAAUUCAGCAAUGGAGAUGCUGGGAAUUGAACCCAGGACCUCAUAAAAGCUACGCAUGUGUUUUACCACUGAGCUCCAUCCCCCUUCUGUGAUAAAAGUAAUGCCAUAUCAAUACAAUGAACUUUAUCUAUACACCAUUCCAAUGAAAAUACACUUCCAUGAAGUUACGAACAAGUAUUGGACCUACAUGCUUCAGUUUACAAAACCAAUUUACUUACCACAUCUCUAUUUCCUCCUUAAAAUAUCCACUUUCUGGAAAGUAGGAGUUUAGUAAAUGCAAAUUUAACAACCGUGAGUAUACAUUGGAGAAUUUAGGGACUGAAUCCACGACCUCAUACAUGCAAACCAUUAGCUCUAACACUGAGCUACAACCCCUGUCUAUUAUGUAAGAAAUGACAUAUAAAUACAAUGACAUUUUCCACAAUCCACUCCAAUGAAAGUACAAUUCCAUGAUAUCACCUAUCUUCCAUGAAGGUACAAACAAGGAUUGAACCCAUGUGCUUCAGUUUAAAAAACCAAAUGAUUAACCACAUCUCUAUUUCCUGUUUAGAACAUCAACAUUCUGGAAAGUAGGAGUUGUGUAAACGCAAAUUUAACAACCAAUAAUAUCCAAUGGAGAAGUUUGGGAAUGAACCCACGACCUCAUAAAUGGAAUUAAUUCACUCUACAUCCCAUGUAUAUUACGUAAGAUCUGCCAUAUGAAUACAAUGACUUUCUCUACAAUUCACUCCAAUUAAAGUACAAUUCCAUGAUAUCAGCUAUUUUCCGUUAAGGUACAGACAGUCAUUGUACACAUGAGCUUCGGUUUACGAGACAAACAUCUUACCACUUGGCCACAAUACCGCUAAAUUGAAUAUCAACAUUCUGGAAAGUAGUGGAUGUGUAAAUGUGAAUUGGAGACAAAAAUACUCCUAGGGAUUGAACAGAUGACCUCAUACCUGAAAAGCAUGCGCUCCACCUCUGAACUACACCCCUUUUGAUUUGUAGAUAUAAUGCCAUAUCAACAUAAUGUGCUUUUUAUAGUGACCACUCCAUUGAAAUUACAAUUCCAUGAUAUCAGCAGUCUUUAAUACAGGUAUGGACAGGGAUCGAACCCAUGAACUUCAGUUUACGAAAACAAGGCCUUACAAGUUGGUCACCAGUCCACUUAAAUUCCAUAAUGGCACAAACAGGAAUUUAAUGCAUGUUCUUCAGGUUACAAGACCAAAUUACUUACCACAUCUCUAUUUCAUGCUAAAUAUCAACAUUCUGGAAAGUAGGAAUUGUCAAAAUGCAACAAUGAAGAUGCUGGGGAUUGACCUCAGGACCUCAUAUAUGCGAAGCACCACUGAGCUACAUCCCCUUUCUGUAAUACAAAUAAUGCAAUAUCAAUCAAAUUAACUUCUUCUAUACACUAUUCCAAUGAAGGUACAAAUCCAUGAUAUCAGCUAUUUCCAUAAAGGUACGGAUAGGGAUUCAACCCAUGAUCCUCGGUUUACGAAACUGACGCCUUACCACUUGGCAACCAUGCCACUAUUUGCUGCUAUGAAUAUCAACAUUCUGGAAAGUAGUAGUUGUGUAAACGUGAUUUUGACACAAAACAACCUUUGGAGAAGCUUGUGAUUGAACAGAGGACCUCAUAGUUGAAUAGCAUGCGCUCCACCUCUGAUCUACACUCCUUCUGGUUCGUAGAUAUACUGCCAUAUCAAUACAAUGUAUUUUUUACAGUGGGGAAAAAAAGUAUUUAGUCAGCCACCAAUUGUGCAAGUUCUCCCACUUAAAAAGAUGAGAGAGGGCUGUAAUUUUCAUCAUAGGUACACGUCAACUAUGAGAGACAAAAUGAGAAGAAAAAAACAAUCCAGAAAAUCACAUUGUAGGAUUUUUAAUGAAUUUAUUUGCAAAUUAUGGUGGAAAAUAAGUAUUUGGUCAAUAACAAACGUUUCUCAAUACUUUUUUAUAUACCCUUUGUUGGCAAUGACACAGGUCAAACGUUUUCUGUAAGUCUUCACAAGGUUUUCACACACUGUUGCUGGUAUUUUUGCCCAUUCCUCCAUGCAGAUCUCCUCUAGAGCAGUGAUGUUUUGGGGCUGUCGCUGGGCAACACAGACUUUCAACUCCCUCAAAAGAUUUUCUAUGGGGUUGAGAUCUGGAGACUGGCUAGGCCAUUCCAGGACCUUGAAAUGCUUCUUACGAAGCCACUCCUUCGUUGCCCGGGCGGUGUGUUUGGGAUCAUUGUCAUGCUGAAAGACCCAGCCACGUUUCAUCUUCAAUGCCCUUGCUGAUGGAAGGAGGUUUUCACUCAAAAUCUCACGAUACAUGGCCCCAUUCAUUCUUUCCUUUACACGGAUCAGUCGUCCUGGUCCCUUUGCAGAAAAACAGCCCCAAAGCAUGAUGUUUCCACCCCCAUGUUUCACAGUAGGUAUGGUGUUCUUUGGAUGCAACUCAGCAUUCUUUGUCCUCCAAACACGACGAGUUGAGUUUUUACCAAAAAGUUAUAUUUUGGUUUCAUCUGACCAUAUGACAUUCUCCCAAUCCUCUUCUGGAUCAUCCAAAUGGACUCUAGCAAACUUCAGACGGGCCUGGACAUGUACUGGCUUAAGCAGGGGGACACAUCUGGCACUGCAGGAUAUGAGUCCCUGGCGGCGUAGUGUGUUACUGAUGGUAGGCUUUGUUACUUUGGUCCCAGCUCUCUGCAGGUCAUUCACUAGGUGCCCCCGUGUGGUUCUGGGAUUUUUGCUCACCGUUCUUGUGAUCAUUUUGACCCCACGGGGUGAGCUCUUGCGUGGAGCCCCAGAUCGAGGGAGAUUAUCAGUGGUCUUGUAUGUCUUCCAUUUCCUAAUAAUUGCUCCCACAGUUGAUUUCUUCAAACCAAGCUGCUUACCUAUUGCAGAUUCAGUCUUCCCAGCCUGGUGCAGGUCUACAAUUUUGUUUCUGGUGUCCUUUGACAGCUCUUUGGUCUUGGCCAUAGUGGAGUUUGGAGUGUGACUGUUUGAGGUUGUGGACAGGUGUCUUUUAUACUGAUAACAAGUUCAAACAGGUGCCAUUAAUACAGGUAACGAGUGGAGGACAGAGGAGCCUCUUAAAGAAGAAGUUACAGGUCUGUGAGAGCCAGAAAUCUUGCUUGUUUGUAGGUGACCAAAUACUUAUUUUCCACCAUAAUUUGCAAAUAAAUUCAUUAAAAAUCCUACAAUGUGAUUUUCUGGAUUUUUUUCUUCUCAAUUUGUCUGUCAUAGUUGACGUGUACCUAUGAUGAAAAUUACAGGCCUCUCUCAUCUUUUUAAGUGGGAGAACUUGCACAAUUGGUGGCUGACUAAAUACUUUUUUCCCCCACUGUAUAUACACCACUCCAUAGAAAUUACAAUGCCAUGAUAUCAGCAAUCUUAAAUACAGUUAUGGACAGGGAUCAAACCCAUGAACUUCAGUUUACAAAAAAAGGCCUUACAAGUUUGCCACCAUUCCACUUAUCUUCUAUAAGGGCACAAAAAGGAAUUGAACGCAUGUUCUUCAGGUUACAAGACCAAAUUACUUAUCACAUCUCUAUUUCCUGCUAAAUAUCAACAUUCUGGAAAGUAGGAAUUGUCUAAAUGCAACAAUGGAGAUGAUGGGGAUUGAACACAGGACCUCAUACAUGCAAAGCAUUUCCUCUACCACUGAGCUAAAUUCCCUUUCUGUGACAUAUAUAAUGCAAUAUCAAUUCAAUUAACUUUUUCUAUAUACCAUUCCAAUGAAGGUACAACUCCAUGAUAUCAGCUAUCUUCCAUGAAGGUACGAACAGGGAUUGAACCCAUGUUCUUCUGGUUACAAAAUCAAAUGACUUAACACAUCUCUAUCUCCUGCUUAGAAUGCCAACAUUUUGGAAAGUAGGAGUUGUGUAACUGUAAAUUUAACAACCAAAGAAAGACAAUGGAGAAGCAGGGUAUUGAACCCAGGACCUUAAACAUGAGAAGAAUGCACUCUACAUCCCAUUUCCAUUGAGGAUGUAAUGCCAUAUCAACACAAUUUACUUUUUCUACACCACUCCAACGAAAGUACAAUUCCAUGAUAUCAUCUAUCUUUCAUAAAGGCACGGACUGGGAUUCAACCCAUGAUAUUUGGUUCACAAGACCAACGCUUUACCAGUUGGCCAACAUUUUCUGCUUGGAAUAUCAACAUUCUGAAAAGUAGUAGUUGUGUAAAGGUGAAUUUGACAACAAAGAACUCCAUGGACAAGCUGGGGAUUGAACCGAGGACCUCAUACAGGCAUAGCACGCGCUCCACCUCUGAGAUACAUCCUUUUUCAUUUGUAGAUAUAAUGCCAUAUCAAUACAAUUGUCGUGACGUGACUUACAUUAAUGUGAUGACUGCUAUUUAUCGAAUCAACUAACUAUGUUUAAUUGUUACUCGAUUAAAUUAAUAAUGUAACAAUUAACUCUUUAGGAAUUUGGGGCACCAUGGAAGAAGUUGUUUAACAAGUUACCAUCUCCCGAAUUAAACUCUUAGAAGAUAUAUAAAUGUAUAUGUUAUAUCGAUAACAGUCACUCAUUAAAUCAUUACCUCAUCAGUCUCAUAUCCUGAAUGAUGUUUUCGUUGAUAUACACAACUUGGCUUAAUUAUUUAUUUACUAACUAACUAAAUAAUAACACAGAAUACAUACACAUACACACACACACACACACACACACACACACACACACACACACACACACACACACACACACACACACACACACACACACGGUAUAGGUUAUUGAUUACUAACGUAAUACAAUGAAAACAGGUCCCUAGUGGACUGGACUAACAAUAGCAUGACUGCUUGGUUAGGGGAAAGGAGGGGUCAGUAGAAAGAGAGUGAAAGGGAGAGACAGAGAUUCAAACUAUCGUUGUUACAUUUGGAAACUACGCUCACAGUAAUCAUAAUACUUAGCACCCUAACCACCACUUAUUCGGAUAAGGAAUGCAAUGUAUAUUUACACGUAGCUGUCUUUCAUUGUCGUCUCCCUGUUGAACCACUUUCUCAAAAAGGGUUUGAGUGUCCUGGUUCCACUUCGGUGAGACUCGGCUUGUCUUCGAAUGGAGUGUUCGUUAGAAUAGAUACUUCAGAUGUACCAACGGUUGUCAGAGAGGGAUUGUCCUUCCCAAUUUGUGUCUUUAGUGAAAGUUCUAGACACUUUACAUGUACAGCUGCAGACUGAUAUGAUAAGGUCUAGUGCAUGGUCUUCUUCUCGUGUAGAGAUUGAGAGUUUCAGAGUUUCUCACCAGUCGCCACGCUCACAUUUUCUGGUCUUUCUUGUCUAAACAUUUUAAGCCGUGUAGCCACCGCUCCGCGCUUCCUGGUCUUAGAGUGUCAACCAUUUGUAACGUUCAGCUCCUGCUGCACGUCGGCUGGUCUUUCCAUUCGAAGUUCUAACCAUUCUAAACGUGCAGUCGCCACUCUCACGUUUUCUGGUCUAAAGGUUGAUUGGUUUUUCCAGGCUUUUUAUGCCCUCUGGGUAAAAGGGGCGUUCCAUCAUGAUGACACAAUCUCUGAUGUCACUCGGGGCGUGGCUAGUCACUGUGCAUCAUUUAUAUGAAAAACUAUUAUCUCAUUAGAAGACAAAAUCUCCCUAUGGAUGAGGAAUGCGUCAAAGUUACGUGUUCUACCAGAUCACUUGGCUUAAAAUGGACUGACAAUUACAAGAAGAACAGACCUCCAACCGGACAACUCACCAGAGGGGGACUGUCAUGACUCUCUCUCCUUGGUGAGGAUCAAAGGUGCCAGAUCAGCUUGGCAAAUGGCUGACAAAUAACAAGACCCCCCCCCCCCCCCCUCUCCUCUCCUGUCUUGCUAUUUGUCAGCCAUUUGCCAAGCUGAUCUGGCACCUUUGAUCCUCACCAAGGAGAGAGAGUCAUGACAGUCCCCCUCUGGUGAGUUCAACCUUGGAAGGUUUCUGCAAGCUGCAGACCACUUAGGCAGAUGUUAACAACGCACAACAAUCACGAAAUACAUCAUUACAUGUCUUCCCCAAAUGAGCGGCGCUGUGGCACUAACUGGUGGUCUUAUGGGGAACUUGUUUGUGGCACUAUCACUUCCUAAGUCAAAGAAAAUGAAAGUAAAAAUGAACAAAAACAAAAGAUAAACAAAAUAUAGUUACCUCACCUUAAUCAUCUAAUUGGACUGUUUUCUAUAUACGUCCACGGUCUUGGCUAAACAACUCUAUCAUGGCAUUGUCUAAUGUCAUAUCUAGAGCGUUCCUACUUAGCGGUGUGUUGCUUUGGGCACUAUCCUAGGUUGAUAACUACAUGAUAAGUCUACAGCUGUAAGGCACUAGCUUCGGACAGUCUACAGGGAUGACCUAUGGACCUCUGGGGAGAAACUGGUGAGUACUGUAGAUGUAGAGUCAAAGACCUCAGGGUAAAUGUUCAACUUUACCAAGGCUGGUAUUUUGUUCGGACCCUUAAGUCAUCCUAGCAUAAAUCCUCAUGAAAUGUUCCGUUGUACAUGUGCGUUUAUGCAAGCGCACAUGCCAAGGGAAAGAAAACCCAGUAUCCUGGUAGGCUGCAACCUGUUCAGAAUGAGUCUGAUGUCAUCAGAUAAUUUCCAUGUCAAUGACUGGAGGUCAGUAAGAAUCGGUGCCAACCUCAAGCUAUAUGCCAAGGGGACCUGUAGUGGUUUUACUACAAUUCAAUGUAUCUUACACCAUUGUAGUGGCGAUAGGUAUGAAGGAGUCUAUUUCAUAGCUAUGUUAUCCACGGAGGAGCUAAUCUCACGACGGAAGUGCUCUAUAAAAACUGAACCAGUCGUACGCGAUGUGAUCAUGGUUCAUGACUUCUAAUAGCUUUCUUCCUGAAUGGAGGGUUCUAUUUAAUAGUGGCAUGUGUGUUAACCAUCAGAAGAGUGUUUUGGGGGAUUCCCUUCCACGUGUUGCAAUCUGAGUGACUACUACCUCCUCUGUCGCUGUUAUCAAGGGCAAUUCUAAUGUUCUUACUGAUUGUGGCUGGACUGACUGUUGCUGGCAUUGGUACAGGUACUCAAGGGGACCAGCUAUCCUACCGAUUUAUUCUGAAAUGUUAUCCUACCGGAAUACAUGAUUAGAGCAUUUUACUAGUUGCAUUGUAGUUGAAACUACCCAUGGCAAUGAAUGAUUAUUGUUGCCAUUUGUUUUGGAGGUGGAAGGUCCACUGGACUUGUUUUUCGACCAGUGUGGUACACCUCAGUGAUAUCUCAGAUGUGUUCUAAGGUUAUCCCCGUCGAGGGACUUGUCCGCUCCUCUCUGUUCUCAUGUUAACAACUAGAUUUGUUUCCUGCUCUGGUGGCCUCGUACAGUGUUGCACAUAGUCUCGACCCCCCCUCCGGCCUCGACGAGGCUCAUCAUCAUAUUCCCCCCCUUUGUGUCUCGGUAACCCCCCAUCAGCGGUUGGUGUUGGUGUCCGGGACACAAAUGAAAAGGUCGGACCAUUUGUAUGAGUUGUCGUCAGCCGCAUGGUUAGUAAAUUGGCUGUAACCUUUCAACCAAAUCUCCUGGUGUUUGUGCUUGAAAACGUUCAGUGGCUGUCAUGGCCUGUCAGUCACCACAGCAUCUUCGUGUGGCAACCAUUCCAGUACCUGCGAACUGAUACUAGGAUAUCUUUCUGCGAUACGGCACAGCGUUUCACCAGUGGGAAUCAUCGGGUCAGUUGCUGGACUGACGCUGUUCGAUUCAUUGUAAGGGGUUUCAGUCCCCCUCAAAGCGGAAAAUGUAUCAUCGGAAGCAGAGUACACUCUGCACGUUGAUGCUUUUAUUCCUGAGACGGCCGCAGUGCUUGCGGAAGUGUCCGUAGGACAAGUUAAGUUAAUCUCAGCUGCAGUAUCGCAUGACUCCAAGGAGGAGGGAAGUUGCUCAGUCACAGAGACUGCUGGCUUGAAAUCAUGGAAAAGAAUGGUCAAUGAGGUUUGCUGAUUUAAUGUGACGAGAUAUCGUAAUAUCUCCUUGGGCAGAUUCUGCACCAAGAGGUGUCAAAACGUAUUUUUCCUAAGGGGUUCUUUCGAUAGGUACCCCUCGUGGAUUACUGUGUUGCAGCUAGCGUUCGGAGAAGACAGUGUGGUCAGUGGAGACGGGACAGUUACCUGUGACCAUACAUGGUUGGUUUUCCAAUCCAUCAGUUGGGAUCGAACGAUCCAUCAAGUCUGCUCCGAGUAGCAGGGGUUCACUUUUGAGGCAGGUAACAUACACAGGGUGAACAAGCGAUACAUCUUGGAAGUGUAGUUUCAGCAUGAAUCUCAAUGUGAGAGGCGAGGUAGUCUGAGUGAAACCUCAAAGUUUAGUAUCGCAUCUUUCCGUUUUUAACCAACGUUUAGCUGGGUUAAAAGCCCCUUUGAGAUCAUUGAAUAACGUUUGAGAGAUGAGUGAUAUUGUCAAGCCCGAAUCAAUUAGCGCAUGACAGGAUAAGCAGUGUUCCAAGACUGUUUCCAGGUAUGGGCUUUCAGUCGCGUUUUGUGGUCAUAUUCCCCACAAAGUGGAGUGGUUUUUCGCAAUGACGUGAUGUGUCAUUAGUGUUCAUGGUGAAAACAGAUCGACUUAUCAGGGUUUUGAGUGGAAUCGGCUAUUGUGAUGUUUUUUGACCUUUUUCUUCACAACAUUUGUAUCAGAGUCUAUUGACAAAGCCUGUGGGCUUGUUUCUAGAUCGCGCGGGCCCUGGAUAGGGUCUCGAGUGAGAUUGGGAGUAAGUUGAUCGUUUACAUCCUUGCAAAUGUUGUUAAUUUUGGCGGACCUGUUGUCUUAUCUUUUUCCCCUUUCUCAAAAUGUUUGCGCUUCUGUUUUUCUCUUAGCAGAACUUCUAGAGAGAAUCUGUUUAAGUUUUGAUCGUCAUUGAACAAUUUGUUACCCUUGUUACCGUUGUGCCCUGACACUUUGUGUGGAUUAGGUGCAGGAACGAAGCGACCAACGUCUCAACACUUGGCCACCAUGCCAUUAUUUUCUGCUUGGAAAUAUCGACCUUCUGGAAAGUAGUAGUUGUGUAAACGGGAAUUUGACAACAAAAAACUCCAUGGGGAAGGUGUGGAUUGAACCGAGGACAUCACACAUGCAGAGCAUGCACUCCACCUCUGAGAUACAUCCCUUUUCAGUUGUAGAUAUAACUCCAUAUCAAUACAAUGUUAUUUCAACACACACCACUCCAUUGAAACUACAACGCCAUGAUCUCAGCAAUGUUUAAUAUAGGUACGACCAUUCAUUGAACCCAUGAACUCCAGUUUACGAAAACGAUGCCUUACAAGUUGGCCACCAUGCCAUUUAUCUCCCAUAAAGCCCUGCUGACGUGGGGCCUGAUGCUGCUCUCCGUACUCCCCAAUGUCGUGCUGACCAGCAGCCUGCGGACAAGGAGCGUUCCAGGUACUGUGGGCAGCUAAAGACCCGCCUGGAUCAGCAGUGGCACAAGGUGUCCUCGUAUUUCAACGUGGCCCUGUUCUGGGCCACCGUACUGGUGCUGGCCUUCUGCUACUCUUCCAUCGCCCGCCACUUCUACAAGUUGUACCGCCGCGUGCGCCAGGAUGACAGCGGGGUGUACAGCAUGUCCCACUGCAGCAUCUUCAGCCUCCUGGCCGUUUUGUUCAUCUGCCCUACCACAUCUGCCGCGUGA